UGGCUCUGGCCAAUACGGGGUAUAUUGUACGCAGUAACGCGCCCUCGCGUUAUAAUGUCCGUCCGAGGCACUCUCCUAAAAUCCCUCGGAUCGUCUGCCGUCCUCUUCUCGAUUCUUGCAUUCUUUACCUACCUGCCACAGGCCGCGUUUCUCUCUCUCUUCACAGGACCUCUCGGCCCAAUUCUUGCGCUCUUUCUGCUCGGCGCCGAGUCUAUCUUCCUCCUCACUUUCCUCGCAAAGCCUCUUUUUCUCGAACCGGCCCUGCAACAGGUCUUCGACCAGACACUGAUCGACAACGGCCAGAGGCAGCUCGUCCAGCAGGGGAAGACGAAAUUUUCUGUUACCUCGGAGAGCCGCAACGCGCUUCUGCGACCGCUGCAGGCCCUCUCCCGAGACGGCAUCGUCAGAUAUCUCCUGACGCUUCCUCUGAACGCUAUCCCUGUCCUCGGGACAGUGUUGUUCUUGGCCAUCAACGGCCAUCGCGCCGGGCCGAGCUGGCAUGCGCGCUAUUUCCAGCUCAAGGGCUUUGAUUCAGCGACGCGCAAGAGCUUCAUUGAGAAACACAGACCGGAAUACACAGCGUUUGGUGUCGCAGCACUGUUAUUCAACUUCAUCCCUGUCGUCGGACUCGUGUUCACCUUCACCAACACCGUCGGCGCGGCGCUGUGGGCUGCAAACGUGGAA